ACCAGUAGCUACGGCGCCAGCCCCGCCCCCUCGGCGUCGUGCACAUGCGCAGCUCCGGCCGUUGGUGUUGGUGUUGCGGCUGAGGCGCGCUAAUGCCGGUGGGGAGAGGGGCGCCGAAAGCGGGAGCAGGAGAGAGGCGGUAGGCCUGAUCCGGCAGUGUAUGAGGGUAAUAGAAGAGGAGGAUUGAAGAGAGGAAACUUGAAACAAAUCUGACAUCAAAAUCUGAUACCGUCAUUCAGUUCAUCAGGACCUGAAUAUCAUCAGCCUUUAAAUAUAGAGAAAAGAGUGUGUGUCUGUUCUGACUGCAGUAAAAAGAUUACAGACCUCAGUGAGAUUGCAAAAGCACUGAUAUACAAGUCCAAGAUAUGGUGUUCUAGUGCCUUGCAUGUGGAAAGAGCUUUAACUAGUUACCCAGCCUGGGAAAAGGGACCAUUUACAGUGGGAGACAUAGUACAUGGGUGUCUGGGCAAAACUCCAGCUGUUCACCUGCACCAGGGCAUUGCGCCAUGGAGAAACCAUGGAAAUGUAGAGACUGCGGGAAAGGAUUCCGCUCACCAUCUGAGCUGGAAACCCACCGACGUGUUCACAAUGGGGAGAAGCCAUUCAUCUGUACUGAGUGUGGGAAGCAAUUCACUCAGUCAUCCCAUUUACUGUUACACCAGCGAGUCCACACUGGAGAGAGGCCAUUCUCCUGCUCAGAGUGUGGGAAUGGUUUCAGUGAUUCAUCCACCCUGAGGAAGCACCAGCGAGUCCACACUGGGGAACGGCCAUUCACCUGCUCCAUGUGUGGCAAGGGAUUCACUCAGUCCUCCAGCCUACUGAGACACCAUUUCAGUCACACAAAUGAGAGACCUUUCAAAUGUGAUAAUUGUGGGAAUGGCUUUAAAAGCUCUCAGGUACUUAUGGUCCACCAGCGCAUCCACACUGGUGAGAGACCGUUCAGCUGCUCUUACUGUGCCAAGAGGUUCAGAAAGUCAUCCAACCUGCUGGCACACCAGCGAGUUCACACUGGGGAGAGGCCAUUCAUCUGCUCCGUGUGUGAGAAGGGAUUCACCCGGGCAUCUCACCUGCAGACACACCAGCGAGUUCACACUGGGGAAAGGCCAUUUACUUGCUCUCUGUGUGGAAAGGGAUUCACUCAGUCAUCCAGCCUACAGACACACCAGCGAGUUCACAAGUGAUUACAGGAGUUGGAUUCUGUUGUUAUUGCUGCUGCUAAUCACAUCCUGGACUGAACCAUGUUCAUUCUGGAAGGGUUAAAGGGUUUCUUUCUGCUCGACUGGCUGACCUCAGGAUAUUGUUUCCAGUGGACUGAUGCUGUUUGACUUGGGAGUGUCCAUUUGCACUGAAAUCAUCCAGAAAAGCUGUGAAUGUAUUCUAAGCUGUGUGUGUUUUCCUGCCACACCAGGUAGAUGUGAAACAAAUAAAUCUGUCUCUAUUAGCUCGGCA